CUGGUGAACACCCCGUACGUCCGAGGGUUCUACUGCACCGACGAGUCCAUCCAGUACCCGUACCGCCCGGACACCAUCACCAAUGGGGUCAUGGCCGGGGUCACCAUUACUGCCACCAUCAUUCUCGUCUCCUCCGGGGAGGCCUACCUGGUGUACAUCAACCGCCUGUACUCGCGCUCCAACUUCAACAACUACGUGGCUGCCGUGUACAAGGUGCUGGGCACCUUCCUGUUCGGGGCCGCAGUAAGCCAGUCCCUGACCGACCUGGCCAAGUACACGAUCGGCCGACUGCGGCCCAGCUUCCUGGCCAUCUGCGACCCCGACUGGAGCCGGCUCAACUGCUCCGGGUACGUGCAGCUGGAGAAGGUGUGCAGAGGCAGCCCUGCCAACGUCACGGAGGCCAGGUUGUCCUUCUACUCCGGGCACUCCUCCUUCGGCAUGUACUGCAUGGUGUUCUUGGCGCUCUAUGUGCAGGCCCGGCUGUGCUGGAAGUGGGCGCGGCUGCUGCGGCCCAUGCUGCAGUCCCUGCUGGUGGCCUUCGCCCUGUACGUGGGCUACACCCGCAUCUCCGACUACAAGCACCACUGGAGUGACGUGCUGGUGGGGCUCCUGCAGGGGGCAGUGGUGGCAGUCCUCACGGUGCUCUACAUCUCGGAUUUCUUCAAAGCUCGGCCCCCGCAGUGCUGCCCAGAGGAGGAGGAGGAGGAGGAGCCGGAGCACAAGCCCAGACUGUCACUGAGCGUCUCCCGCAGCGAGGUUGACCCCCGCAGCGAGGUUGACCGCAACCACUGUGGAUACCCCAUUUCCUCCUCCUGAUGCUGGGGGGCCUGGCCUCAUAGGAGGGGUCCUUUGAGGUGGAUGCUCCCUUUCUGAGUCCUGUACCCAGUACCCCUGCUCUCAACACCUGAACGGACAGGCCGGAGCCCACCCCUCCCUCCUGGAUGCUUCAGCCCCCACUCUUGUACAAGUCCCAUGGCUCUGCAUUCCUCGCCUUGUUCUUGUUUUUGACCGCCCUUGCUCAUCUUCGAAACAGAGUUUAAAGCAAGAAUCUUUAAAAGUUUAAAGGAAUUGGAGUUUGGCUUGCUCAUGCCAGGGGCCUCCUCUCUGUCGCUGCCCCGCUACCUUCACCAAGCAUGAGGUCCUUCUCCAGGGACUGGUCCCUCCUGACAAUACGUCCAAAGGAUGUAAGAAGAAGUCUUGGCAUCCUUGCUUCUAAGGAGCACCCUGACUCUCCUUCUAGGACAGGCUUGGUGUGUUUUAUUUGGGGGCAGUCCGUAGUACUGGCAACAUUUCUUCGCCAGCACCCUAAGUCUCUGGUCUUAAUUCAAUGUCCAAGCGCCGCCCAGUAUCUGAAGGUGGAGCAGCUCCUUGGGCUGGGUCUGUUGCCGAGGGGUGAGUGCCACAAAGUGCUGGAGAUGUUCGACUGGAACCUGGAACAAGCGGGCUGCCACCUCGUAGCCUCCUGCGGCCCCACCCACCACAAGCGCUGAGUCAGAGGGCCUUCCGAAGGGAUCGCUGGAGCC